AUGGACCAGUUGAAAAAGUUCAAUCAAUGGCUGAAAGAGCACUCCAAUAAGCAGGAUGUAGCCUCCGAACGAAAACAACAAGAUGAGGACCCCUUUUUGCUGGAGGAAGAGGAGCAUGAAGAGGAGAUUGGCAACUUGCUCCAGCAAUAUGGUAUUCUGCUUGAGUACGAGCGCAUGCAGGACCUGCUACCCUCCGGUAUGUAUGUCUUGCCAUGCUUCGACUCGGUCCUCACCUGGCAGGGUGCCCUUUUUGUCCGACAGGGCCUGUACAAAGGAGCUGUUUUUAAGUUUCGGCUUGUCCUUCCCGAGGAGUACCCCGACCAGGGACCAGACCUGUACUUUACUUCCGAUGUUUUCCAUCCCAUGGUUGACCCAAAGACUGGUCAAGUGGAGCUGGUCUCCCUGUUCCCUGAGUGGCGACCGGGACGAGACUUCGCAGCCUUUGCUUUGCCUCAUUUGCAUCGAGCAUUCCUGAGGAGGGAGUAUUUUGCAAGCAGUGCUCGACCUGCUCUCAACCCAGAGGCAAGGCAGCUCUUCCUGUCGGAUCCAGCUGCAUUUGCUGAGCGGGCCAGAGAGUGUGCCAACAAUAGCUUGUUUCAUGUUUUCGACAACCCUUCAGGGUCCACUCUGCAGUUUACCAAAGGACCUACCGAGGCACAUGACACCAUCGUCGAACAUCUGAAGGCUGAUCCAUCCGCCUCCUUGGAGGAACGGAAGACUGCCUUCGUUGAUUGGUUUUGUGAUCACUAUGCUCACAAGCGAACCCGGGUGGGUGUUGCCCAAGGAGAGGCGGAGGCAGAAACUAUCCUUCUAGAUGCCAAGGGGCAACAAGUGGAUGGGGUCUAG